GAAGUGAGCGGGACGGAGGCGUUCCCGUUCUACCCCUCCCACUCCAGCCUGGGCUGGUUCCUACACCUCCUCCGCUUAGGCCAGACAGGAGGCGGAACUAAUGGUCCGGGCCGACGUUUCCCGGCCGGACGGAAGAGCGGUGAGCACUGAGCGUCGCGCCGCGGGAGCCCGGGCCAACCUCAGCGCUGCUCCCGCGACAUGGCUUUCAAUUUUGGGGCUCCUUCGGGCACCUCGGGCACCUCUGCAGCUACCGCGGCACCCGCGGGAUUUGGUGGGCUUGAGACUGCCAACUCCACCGCCACUGGGUUUAAUUUUGGGGGUUUCGGAUUAACUGCUAACCCUGCAGUGAACUUUAAUAUUGGGAAUUUCGGUGUUUCUACCACCUCGGCGACUCCGUUCAAUUUUGGUAACAGUCUGACGAGUGCAGGUGGGUUUGGAGGCUUUGGAACAACCACUACAAGUACAGGCUCUGCAUUCAGCUUUUCUGCCCCAACAAACACAGGCAGUACAGGCCUUCUCGGUGGCACUCAGAACAAAGGUUUUGGCUUCGGUACUGGUUUUGGUACAGCGACGGGAACUGGUACUGGUUUAGGUACUGGUUUGGGAACCGGCCUGGGAUUUGGAGGAUUUAAUACGCAGCCGCAGCAGCAGCAGCAGCAAACUACUCUGGGCGGGCUCUUCAGUCAGCCUGCACAAGCCCCCGCCCAGUCCAACCAGCUCAUCAACACUGCCAGUGCUCUCUCCGCCCCGACGCUACUGGGAGACGAGAGAGACGCCAUCUUGGCAAAGUGGAACCAGCUUCAGGCCUUCUGGGGGACAGGAAAAGGAUAUUUCAACAACAAUAUUCCUCCCGUGGAGUUUACACAGGAAAAUCCCUUUUGCCGAUUUAAGGCUGUAGGUUAUAGUUGUAUGCCCAAUAAUAAAGAUGAAGACGGACUAGUGGUUUUAGUUUUCAACAAAAAAGAAGCCGAUAUGAGAAGCCAGCAACAACAGCUGGUAGAAUCCUUGCAUAAGGUUUUGGGCGGAAACCAGACCCUUACUGUCAAUGUGGAGGGCAUUAAGACCCUGCCAGAUGAUCAGACAGAAGUUGUCAUUUAUGUCGUUGAGCGGUCUCCAAAUGGCACCUCGAGAAGGGUCCCAGCGACAACACUGUAUGCCCACUUUGAGCAAGCCAACAUUAAGACACAGCUGCAGCAGCUCGGGGUGACACUUUCUAUGACCAGAACGGAACUGUCUCCUGCGCAGAUCAAACAGCUCUUGCAGAACCCUCCUGCUGGUGUUGAUCCUAUUAUUUGGGAACAAGCCAAGGUGGAUAACCCCGAUUCUGAAAAAUUAAUUCCUGUACCGAUGGUGGGUUUCAAAGAACUGCUUCGAAGACUGAAGGUUCAAGACCAGAUGACUAAGCAGCAUCAGACCAGAUUAGAUAUCAUAUCUGAAGAUAUUAGUGAACUACAAAAGAAUCAAACUACAACUAUGGCCAAAAUAGCACAAUACAAGCGAAAACUCAUGGAUCUCUCCCACAGAACCUUACAGGUUCUAAUCAAGCAGGAAAUCCAAAGGAAGAGUGGCUACGCCAUCCAGGCUGAUGAAGAGCAGUUGCGGGUCCAGCUAGAUACUAUCCAGGGUGAACUCAAUGCCCCUACUCAGUUCAAAGGUCGCCUAAAUGAACUGAUGUCCCAGAUCAGGAUGCAGAAUCAUUUUGGAGCUGUGAAAUCUGAAGAAAGGUAUUACAUAGAUGCAGACCUCUUACGAGAAAUCAAGCAGCAUUUGAAACAACAACAGGAAGGCCUCAGCCACUUGAUCAGCAUCAUAAAAGAUGACCUAGAAGACAUAAAACUGGUAGAACAUGGAUUGAGUGAAAGCAUCCACAGCAGAGGUGGUGUCUUUAGCUGACCAUUGACAGACUUGUUCAGAGGUUCAGAAAGUGCAUCUUGUCCAUCAGCCCUUCCUUAUGAUGACCACAUGGACGGGAAAAAGAAUCCUUUUCCUCACUGGGAUGUUUGAGGUUCUUGAGAAAUUACUGUAUAUUAAAUCGGAAAUGGACACCACAAAGCUCUUCAAAGGGAAUCUUUGAAAAAUUUAUAUCUAAAAGCUAUAUUUACUUAAAAAGAAGUACACAAUUACCCGAAGUGUCUGCACUGUUGUACAUUUUACAACAGCAUUAGGCAUAGUCACAGUGUUUUCUGGUUAGUCUCCAUUCUCUUUCCAUAGCACAGAAUGAAACAUGGCUGCUUCCUACCUAACAAAGUAACUGUAAUUACGUGGCUGUUGGAGACUAUGCUCCGGAGUGUAAAUGCAUUUCAGCUUCUAUAGCUGUGAAAUCAUCGGUGGAGAGUAAAGAGAAUCCCAAGUAUUUCAUGAUUUGUGUGGUUUUUCCUUUUGUUCUAUGAAGACUUGAAGAUAUAUUUUUAUAUUAUUUUACUUAUUUGGAACUUAUAGAACAUACCUAACCAAUUAGGAUUUAACAAAAUCAUCGUUUUUGCAAACUUUUUUUUAACUUUUUAUUUCUAAAAAUGAAAUCUUUAAAAUAAAUUAUUAAUUUGCAAUUUCAUGUA